AUGUCGUCACGCGAGACAGUUGCCUCUGUUGGGCAUCAGGCCGCCGCCACAGAGCUCGCUUUCCACUCGUACGAAGGCGCCUUUGCCCUAGACCCCCACCCGCGGCUGUCUCUGACGACGUCAACCCGCCUGCUACUCGGGUCCGUGUCAGCUGGCUUCAUCGGCUUCACCCUCGGGGCCUUGCAGGGUGGCCAAACCGCCCAGCUACGCUUUCGUGCUGAGCACGCGCACAAGAUGCCCGACACCACCACAGGCUGGUACCUCUACCACAAAUCCAAGAACUACCACGCAAUGCAUGGCGGGAUCCGCGAGGGCCUCCGAAUGGGCGCCAAGACGAGCUUCUGGAGCUUUGUCGCACUUGGGUUGGAGAGCACCGUUGAUCAGUGCCGGGGCGACAGCGACAUGUUCUCGACGGUCGUCGCCACGCUUACCGUCGCUGGCGCAUUUUCGCUCUGGAAUAGGUUUUCGUUCUCGACUGCCGCCCGCACGGCCAAGCUUGGCCUGUUGUUUGGGCUUACGUACGGGGGCGUCCAGGAUCUCGUCGGCUUAGCCCGCGGCAGACCGAUAGGCUAUGUCGAGCUCGUCCGACGUCGGUUCGGUGCUGGGUCGCACGACGCGGGCGACCAGGUCCGGUGA